AGCGCGUUUUGUUUACAUUUGUCAGAAUAGUUUUACAGCAACUGCAAGCAGAUGAAUAUUUUGCCAAAAAAACGCUGGCAUGUGCGCACUAAGGAUAAUAUUGCCCGAGUGCGAAGGGAUGAAGCAGCCGCACAGAAAGAAGAAAAGAAAAGACUGGACAAAUUGGAAUUGGCCGAGAGCGAAGCGCGCAUCAACUACCUGAGGCGUCAAUCCGGGCUACCCGAAACACAGAAAGAAGAAACCAGCCAAGAGGUCGCUACCCACAGUUCUGAUACCACGCAGUCUGUCGAUCUAUUUGCCGAUUACAGAAGUCACGUGAAGAAAACGAAUAAAGAUUUGGAAAAGGAGAAAAAGGACGAACAGGAAAAGUAUGAAAAACAAAUCGGAUAUCUAACCUAUCUGGGACAGGAUACAAAUGAGGCGCUUAAGGUGCGCAGUUGGUAUGAAGUGGCCCCAAAACGUCCCGAACCCGGCGAUUGCUGCAAUGAGACUGAAACCAAUCUGAAACAGAAACUAUCAGAAGAUCCACUCACCUUAAUAAACGCACUGAUCCCAUCCGAAAUUAAAAAGCCAACACAAAAAUCAAGCAAGCGACGAAAACUUACACCUACGCCGGAGCUAGAACCAGAGUCAGAGAGACCGUCUACGCCAGCCUCAGUUCGCUCAUCCAAAUCGAGUAGAAAACACAAAAAGCAUAGAAAACAUGAUAAAAAAGAGAAGAAGCACAAGCACAAGAGUCACAAACAUGAAAAAUCAAGCAAAGAGCUAGCCGAAAAAGCAAAACGCGAUAAGCUAAACAGGUUGCGGAAGGAACGUCUGCUGCGUGAGGCGACUGAGCAGCGUCGCCAGGAGCAACUGUUUGCGCCCAAGGAAUCGUUGACGCCGGGCACUGCAGCGAGCACGCCGGCAGCUACGCCGCGGAUUGUCCAAAAGUACAACAGCCAAUUUAAUCCAGAGCUUGCCAAGCAAAAUAUGCUCUGAUCACGUGUGGGAUAGUAAAUAAUCCAUAUAUUUGUAUUUCCCUUUUUCAAAGAUUUCACCACAAAUUAAAAGCCAUAACUGGAAGUUCCAUUAUUUAUUGUUUACAAAAAAUGAUUUUAAGACAAAUUCUAAA